CGGAUUUAUCAGUUCUACGAAUCAACGAGCGCCAAAUACAGCGUUGGUUUUUUCUUUUCUCACUUUGGCUUCGACCUCCCACCCACCCAAUUAUCAAUGACCACCCACAGCCCAGUUAUCGAGCCUUACAGGAGGUCGUAGACACCUUGAAGCAGAGGACCCACUCCCCCCCUUGCCGAGGCCCCUUCUUUGUUUAGCUCCCGUCUGGGGAAGUGGAGAUGUCCGUCACAACCGCGUCCCCUGAAGCAGUCCUGCCCGAGGGCGUCCGGAGCAGUGUAGUUGUCGCCACGAAGGACGUCGGUCUGACGACGCCCGGGAACCAGACUGACAACAACAACAUGAGCUCGACGAUGAGCGAGACCCAGGACACGACGGCUGUCAAUAGAGACCUGCCCAGCCCGCCGGCCAAGAGGUUGAAACGGGGGAAGUACAUAGCGAGGGCCUGCACGGCAUGUCAACAGCGAAAGAUCAAAUGCGAGGGCGGAGACCCGUGUGCUCACUGCAGAGCCAGGGGCCGAGUAUGCGAAUCUACUGCUCGGGGCCAGCCCAGGCAAGCGUCGCGGACCGCUGCGCCCAGCUCGGUCGACGGCGCACGCAGCAUAGACAGCCUGUCGGUUUCCACCAGUUCGACCAACCAGGAGCUCGCGGCGCGCGUUGCCCAGCUCGAGCGGCAGAUGGCCAUGAUGCAACAGUCCCUCGAGGGGGCCACCGUCCCCACGACAGGUGCGACUGCCAGGCGGGAGUCGGGCCUAUCGAGCCACGGCCACGGCAUCAGGAGCGACCCGGCAUCGCCGGCCUCUGCGCAGCUGCAGAAGGUCCUAGAGCCGGACGGGCAGUCCUUCAUGGGCGAGCUGUCCAUGACCUCGAACCUCGUCGAGGUUGACGGCAGCCUGAGCGAGGAGUCUACGACCGAAGACAACUUCAUAAAACUUACAAGGGAGGUUCCAUGGGACAAGCCCCCCAGGCAGAACAACUUGAAGUCCUCCCGAAAUGUGAGGGGUUGGCUGGAGAGUGUGUUGCAGCGGCAUAGUAUCGUCGCGGACGAAGAAGACUGGAGGGGCUAUAUGGAACUCUUCUUUGAGGAGAUACACAUUCUUUACCCUGUCCUCUAUCCACCAGCCGUGUGGCAGACCUUCAAUGGUCUUUGGGAAUACGGUGCUCUCUGGCCCAUGUCCGAUUCCAAAGAGAGGGAGGAGAAGCGACUGUCGGUAGCCUUGGUCUGCAUCUGCCUUGCCCUCGGACGCUGCUGUGUGUCCACGAGGUUGACAGAUGCUACUGGGGUGCAUUCCUCCGGCUGGAGUUUAUGUAGUGUAGCGUUGGAGCUCAUGCAAGACUCAGAGCGCAUCGGCAAGACGGCGUCAACCUCCCUCUUGAAUAUGCAAAUCCAGCUGCUAAUGAUCAUGUAUCACUUCCGCCUCGAUGCAACUCAAGAGUCAGCUCGCCUCACCGCUAUCGCAGUCUCGAACGCCCAUAUUCUAGGGAUCCACCAGCAGAGUAGGCUCGAUAGCCUACCCUGUUACUACAGCCAGCUCUUCAGUCGGAUAUGGUGGUGCAUCUUCAUACUUGAUCGCCGGAUGGCCCUUGAAUCUGGACGCCCUUUUAUCAUCCAAGAGAACAACACAGACACAUCUUUACCCCUGGACGUAAGCGACGAAUGGCUUGGCCAGUUUAUCAGACGACCCGAGACUGUGAAGAACUUACAGCCCGACGUCAAUAUGGAACUCGCAAGAGAGCAUGUCUCAACAAUACCCUACCUUGUAGCCAUGGUCAGAUACUCUCGUGUCGUCAGCAAAGCCUGGGAGCUCAUUUAUGGAGUAAAAGCCUCCUCGAAGCAGCCGGUAUCCCACAUGAUCGACUACGCCGACACCGUGUUGUCUAACCUACUCGAAACGUUACCCGAAGACCUAACAUACAACCCCGACUUGCCUACUCAGACACAAUUUGGGUCAAGAAAAAGGUGGCAGGUCAAGCAGACCAUGCUCCUUUCUACUUGUGUAACAUUUUUACGGAUAUUCAUUCGCAGGCCCUCAAUGCAGGGCAACGGCUCAACAGAAUUCACAACCGACGACCAACUGGAAUCGCUCACGAUAUGUGCAAGCCUAGCAGCAAGCAUACUCAACGCGCACAAGGACCUAAAGGACGAGAGCAUGAAACACUGCUUCCCGUACUGCCACUACCUCACCAGCUGUACCAUGGUGAUGAUGAGCCUGGUGGCAAAGAACCCCACCCUGAAGAAGAGGCACAGGGAGGCCAUCCUGGCCGCCACGCACUCCCUGCGGCUGUACUGCCACACCAUCUGGGUGUCGGGCAAGAUGAUGAGAUGGGUGCUGAAGCUGACGCUGCUGGCCCGCCGCGUGCUACACGUCGAGUCGGACAGGCCCGCCACGGCCACCGCGGGCCCGGCGGACGAGGACAUGAGCCAGCGGCAGCAGCUCACGCCGCAGUCGGGCAUCCUCGACUCCUCCUCGCACGAGGGCGGCAUCGCCCGCGCGGGCUCCAUCAGCAACCAGGGCAAGUCCUCCUACUACGGGUCCAACACGUACGCUGCUCCUACGGCGGGGGCGGCUGGAGCAAAGCAGCAACAGUCUGGGGCGGGCGGAGGCGCCGGCGACGGCAGGACGAGCGGGGCCCACCACCACCCGGAGCAGCUCUCGCAGAUGUGGAUGAUGGGGGACGGCAGGGAGGGCGGCGGCCAGGGGGCCAUCGAGGACCUGCCGGAGUGGGCCAUGAUGGACUUCAACUUCGAGGCCAUCAGCGGGGAUGUCUUUGGGGCUGGCCCGGGCGGCGGCGACGCAGGCCUCAAGGAUGCCGCCGAGCACAUGCAUAACCACGGGAAUGAGGGCAUGGGCCUGGAGAUGGGCAUGGGCGAGACUAUACUUGACGCUAUGCCCCCGGAGAUCUAUAACCUCGACAUGAAUCUAGAUUGAGCGAGGAGAAAAGGAGCCCCCGAGGGAAUGAUUAGAUGUAUGAUCUAUCUGCUGUCCAACGAUCACUCAGCGAGCAUGUAUAUCUAUGUAUUUAAAGUUGUAUAAAUCUAGCUACAGCCUUGCCAUUGGCACGGUACCGGGCACUGGACGACGA